GAUUUUAGCAUAAUUUUGAUAAUUAUGAAAUUAUGUAGUUGUAAUUUUCCUAUGCAUUUAAUUUUAAGCUAAUAACUUUUUAUAAUUUAUUAAUAUACUAUAAAUAAUCACAUAAUGUCUUUAGGACCGUUGUUAAAAAUUUCUCAAACAAAUAAACUAUGUUCUGCUUCUGUUAUAUUUUUGCAUGGAUCAGGUGAUACUGGACAAGGAUUUUUAAACUGGAUUAAGUUUCUUAUUGGUGAUUUUGCCUCUCCUCAUAUCAAUUUCUAUUUUCCUACAGCUCCUCUUAGGCCCUAUACACCUCUUGGAGGAGAGCUGAGUUAUGUAUGGUUUGAUAGAUAUAACAUUACCCCUGAAGUUCCUGAACAUAUUGAGACAUUAACAGAUAUAGGAAGUUCUAUCAAAACGUUAGUGAAUGAUAUAGUACAAAGUGGGGUGCCUUUACAUAGAAUUAUCAUUGGUGGAUUCUCAAUGGGAGGUGCCUUAGCCCUACACAGUGCCUUUAGGUUUAACCCAGGUUUUGCGGGUGUUUUUGCGUUGUCUUCAUUCCUUAAUAAAAAUUCCGCAGUGUAUAGUGAACUUAAAGCUGAAAAUACUCCUUUAUACAUGGCCCACGGUGAAAAAGAUACAAUGGUGCCAAUUACGUGGGGCCAAAAGACUUUCGAAGAACUGACCAAGCUCAAUGUAAAGGGAGAAUUUGUUCCUUUAGUAUAUACUUUACACGAAUUAAAGAAAAGUGAAUUGGAAGGUUUAUUUAAAUGGAUUAAUAAAACUCUACCUCCUUUAGAAACAGAUCAAUAGUACAAGGUAGAGAGUAAUUUUUUUUAGUAAUUGAAAGAAGACAUGGCUUUUUAUAUUUUCUUUAUUGGGUGUUAAGUAUUAAGAUAGGUACAUAGGUGUAUGUAUACUACCUCUGAAAGAUAAGUGUAUAACAAUAAAUACUUGUUUAUUAAUAUAAAAAGUUAUUACAAAUACAAAAGAAAAA